UUUUUAGCAAUAUCGCGUAUAAAUACUCCGCCGCGAAGACACGUUAUUUCAACGCAACGCCGAUGAGCAGCGAUCGGGUCGAAGAUGAGCAAGGGCUGCUGGAAAUUCGACGAGGAGGACAAAGCCUUGUACAUAGAUCUGGAGGAGGACACGGAGGAGGAUAAGCUGCGCAGGGAGUACAGCGCCUGGGACCAGAUACCCGACAUCCUGCUGGAGGAGAUCUUCUCGCACCUGACGAUCCGCGAGCGCUACUAUGCGUCCCUGGUGUGCCGGUCGUGGUAUCGCGCCUUCAAGCUGCGCAACGUCUGGUCCACGUUCACCCUGGAGGACACCACCCUGACGCGGGGCAAGUUCAACUACUACAGCGGCUGGCAGUACGUCCUGGAUCACAUCAGGGCGUCCACCUGCCUGAACAAGGUCGGCAGGCACUUCCGCACGCUCGUGUUCGAGCCCAUGCUCAAUUUCUACAAUCUCUACGAGUUCAUGAACAUGAUUUCGUGGUACGCCGAGCGGCAGGGCUCGGACAACACGUCCGUGGCCGGCGUGGGUACCUACGUGCGCCGGCUCAAGUUCACCUUCCCCUGCAACAUGGCCAACCGGGACGAUCCGGAUCGCAUCAGGGUCUUCGGCACCGGCGGCAAGCUGCUGGAGGCCCUCAAGAGGCUCAUGGCGAACCUGCAGAAUCUCAGAUGCCUGGAGCUGAUAGAUCUGAUGCUCGAGAGCAACGAAGCGCUGCACCUGAUGGACGACAUCUGCGUCAAUUGCACGCAGACCCUCUCGAAAUUGAUACUGAUCAACACCACGCGUUACAAUUGCCCGCUGUUGCACGUGGGUGUAUUCGUUAAUUUGAACGUCCUGGUUAUCAGCCCCCAAAACUUGCACGAAGACGUGAUAGAGCUGAUAGGCUACACAAAAUUGCGGCACCUUCAUAUUCUGCAAAAUCGAUAUAGUACAAAGGACACUACUAUAAGAUUGCCAAAGAGGUCGUCUUGGGUAAAGAUGAGGGCGAACAAUCCCUACUUGAAGGUGCACUUUGAGAUAGAGAGUCACAAAGCCACGGAUAUUCUUUUGCCUAUCGAUUUAUUGGAGCACAGCGUCAUACCGUGUCACAGUAUAGUAUUGGAUAAUCCGAAUACCCAAGUCUCGCCCUCCAUGGUGUUCCACGGAACGUUCUUCGAGUCGACGAUACGGGUGUACGCUUUCAAGGGAAUGACGAGGUACCAUCUGCACAGGAGCUUCGCCAAGAGGCUGGACGAGUCGUUAGUGCAAUUCUGCCGAAUGUGCCCGAACCUGCAUACACUGAUGAUCCGAGAUAAGAUAUCGACCGCCACGAUCUUGGAGAUUGUCUCCACCGCGAAAUGCUUACGCUGUUUAUACGUUCGGCGAAACGUAGUCCUCAAGAGAUUCGACAGAGCCUGGUCGGAAAUGAUGGAUAGCUCGUCCGAGUAUUACCAGUGGAUCAAGGUAAAUAGCCAUAGCUACGAGAACACGGAAAGAGAAGUGUCCAGAAUAUUGGGCUAUCGAUGGCACAUGCUGUCCGAGAAAGAAUUUAAGGCGCAGGUAGUCAAUUUACACACAUAGGCCGCUUACGAAGCGACUUAUACGUGUUGCAGUAAAGUCAGUAGUUGUAUGCAUUUAUUAGUAAAUAUACGCAUUAUCGAAAAAUUCAUCGAUAUUUGAAAGUAGCAAAAAUGUAUACAAACUGUUCAAAGUGUUAUUUUAGCUUACCGUAUGGUCAAAUGAAAAUUUAUAUCUUAUUAAAUAACUAAAAGCUGAACUUGUAUUUGCUAAUAAGAGCAUACAAUAAAGGUUCUUCGUUGCAACGUGCAAAUAGGAAUUCGCCUCUAUUUUUAGUUCUGAAAUCUUUUUAUAUAAUUAUAUAUAUUAAUUUAUUAUAUUUAUAUACAUUAUGUAUAAUGAAAUGAGGCUGUAGAUUGGUUGUCAUGACUGUACGCUUAAUAUUAGUGGUAAGUCCUGUAAUUACAUGCAAUUGUUACUUUUACGUACCACUAUAUUGUAGUCGUGAUUGUAAAAGUUGCGGAUAUAUCGAAAGAGAUUGAAAUGUACUUAAUCUAAAUGCCGUUAGACGAUUUUGCGAUUGUUGUAUUAUGCUUUCUUUUUUAACGGAAAUGACUGUGAUCGACAUUGUUAACCGCCGAAGAUGAAGGGAUAGGCAAUCUGUUAGACACUCGUUGGACUGUUCUCUACAGAGAAAGAUAUAAUAAAACAUAAACUUUGCUGACGUUUAUCUUUAUAUAAUCUACAGUUUAGUUUACUUGAAUACAUCAUUACAACUUACAUGUAAUUAUGUACAGUGCUAAUAAAUAUUUCGUACAUCUUGUGUA